UCCACACCAUCUGGCUGCAGCUGUCCUCCUCAACCAGUAGCUGCAUUCAUGCACUGCACGCAUGCAUGCCGUCUCCAAAGCUCCAAGCUCGAUCGUUAAUGGCCAAGCAAGUAGAGGUACCGUAGCACUUGCUGCCAAAUGCUUCUGCGGGAGAGUCUCGUGCGUCCGGCCACAUAAAGGUUUCCUUCCCCUAGCUACUCCUUCACCACCACUACAUCUUCGGAUCCCUUCAGCAGGUGCUCCGCCACCAGAUCCACUCCAGCACUUCCUCAACAAUGGCAGCUGCCGCUCUCAGAGCACGGCUAAACACCCUCGUCACAUCCAUGUUCGCCACGGGCAUGCUGGACGAGAAUUUCCACCAACUGCAGUCCAUGGAGGAGGAUGGCAAGGCAGACCGGGGCUACGUCGCCGACAUGAUCAACCUCUUCAUCAAGGACACCAAGAGGAUCCUCAACGACAUCGCCGGCCUGCUGAGCCAACCCGUGGUGGACUAUGACAUGGUGGACGUCCUCGUGCGUCAGCUCAAGGGGUCCAGCUACAGUGUUGGUGCUAAGAAAGUGAACCUAUCCGGCAUGCAAUUCCGUCGGUUCAAUGAGCCAAGAAGCAAAGAAAGGUGCCUCAUGGCGUUGGCUCUUGCUUGGAGUGAGUUCUGUGAGGUGCGAAGCAAGUUCGAGGCUAUGAUGCAGCUGGAGGAGCAGAUUGCAACCUACGGUCCUAAGUAGUAGCUAUGGAAGGAAAAAGAGCAUAGCUACAAGUGAUCCCUCCCAUGAUGGGGUGUAUGUUUCUCUCCAAUGUAGACAAUGUUCAAUAGGUGUCUGGCUUUGGAGGGCGAUUAUGAAACAACGCGCGUAGGAACACCAUUCUCGCAAGUCUUCAAACAAAACAUGUUGUCAUGUGUCAAUGUCUCUAUCAACUCUAUACCAGCCGGGUUGUGUCCGUUGGGCUGCCGCUCCAUACAAUAUUUAAACUCUCUACCUGGUUGGGCUUUUACUAGUGAAUUGGUUUUGUUAUAUGUUGUAGGCUCGCCCGUCUCUUUACCGUCUUUUUGAAUAGCGACGUCUCUCCUUGAAAAGGGGAAAGGUUUGUUGGGUAUCAAAAACUACACUAAAGUGAGUGCAUGGCUUGAUCUUUAAAUUA